AUGAUCAAGAAAAGUGAUGAAUCUUUUGGAAAACGAAAGUGGAAUGGGUCGAACAUAAAGAAAGGAUUUGGACAGAACAAAAAAGCCAACACAGGAUUAGGGUCAGGAUCAAGCAAACCAAAUAAGGUUAUUCCUCCAUGUCCUAAAUGCUACAAAGGCCAUAGGGGAGAAUGUUGGUUUGGAAAGAAUGUGUGCUAUCGAUGUGGCCAUGAAGGGCAUUUUGCUCCAGACUGCAAGGCAUAUCCAUCUAAGAAAUACUACGAGCAAAACAAGAAAGGAAAAGCCAAGGUCUUUGGUUUGACCCAGGAAGAGGCAACAAAGGAUCCGAAUGUAAUGACAGGUAUUCUAUCAGUAUCUGAACUACUUGCAUAUGUUCUUAUUGACUUAGGAACUACUCAUUCAUUUGUCUCUACUGCAUUUAUUGCUAAAUCAUGUAUUCCAUAUGAAAAAUUGGAUAGUGUUUUAGAAGUUACCAUCCCAUCAGUUAGAACAUUGAACACCAAUCGGAUAGUUAGGGCGAUAAAGUUAAAAAUGGAUGGAAGGGAAUUAAAAGUUGACCUAUACAUCUUAGAUAUGAAAGACUUUGAUGUUAUUCUGGGAAUGGAUUGGUUGUGGAGCAAUCAUGCGACCAUUCGAUGUUUUGAGAAUGAAGUAAUUUUUCAAAAGCCUGGGGAGAAAGAGUUUCGAUUCUUUGCGGCGCGAGUAAAGUUUUUACCUCGCAUCAUGUCCGCCAUGAAGGCAAAACGAUGUUGA